AUGUCGUCAGCCUCCUACCUUCAUGAUGCCCUGCAGAAGCAAGAUGUCGACAUCUGUGGAAUCUCCGAACACUGGUUAUUUGACGAAAAUGCUCACCUGCUUAACAGUAUACAUCCAAACUACUUGUAUUUCGCAGUUUGUGACUUCUCGACGCACGCUCUAUCUGAUCAUAAAACCAGAAAGGGUGGUGUUGCCUUUUUGUGGAAAAAGAACAUCUCGAGUCGUGUGACUGUCGUUGACUCAGAUGACGAUCAUAUCGUUAUCUUGAAGCUGGUCUCUAAUUCUAGCGUUUGGCAUCUUAUACAAGUGUAUAUACCUAACACGAGAUACGGUUCAGAUAUUUUUAACGACUACGUUGACAAGUUAGAUUCUUUGUGUGCCUCGUUUUCCCUACAAGGCUCUGUCAUCAUCAUGGGAGAUUUUAACGCUCGCCUCAGUGGCCCUCGCAUACCAAACUAUCAAAAUUAUCGAGGUCUCCGUCUCCAACGAUGUUUAGACCGAUAUCAGUUGAGUGCUCUGACUACUUCCUUCUUUUGCUCUGGACCGUUAUAUACCUAUGUACACUCUGAUGACGGCAUUUCAUCUCUUAUUGAUCAUGUGAUAAUCGAUUCAUCAAAAACUGACCUCAUAUCAAACUGUUAUAUCGGCGACCAACCUUAUUUGGACGUAUCCAGUCACAGACCAAUUUUCUGUGAUAUUCUUUUUCCCACCGCAUCGGCCGUAAAAUCUCCUCAGAUUGAACGCAGUGUUUUCAAGUGGCCUUCAGAUGGCACUUCUUCAGGUACUGAAGUCUAUCACGAUAACCUUCAUCAGUUUAUAACGCAGUCCAAUCUCAUCAGUUUUCGGUUAAACAAUAUUUCAGACAUCGACAGUUAUACAGACCUAUUGACUAAAGGUAUUCAUGACACAGCCUUAUCGUCUCUCCAAAAGAGGAAGUUUAAUAAAUUCUUGAAACCCUAUUGGAAAGGAGAGCUGAAGGAGUUACAUCGCGAUAUGUGGCGGUUGAGGUGCAUUUGGGAUGACGAAGGUCGUCCUCGUGAUCCUAACUCCCAGUCCUUUUGUUUAUACAAGGACGCGAAACGUAAGUUCCGGCGUAAACGCCGCCAGUUAUCAGAGAACCAUCUUAUUACUCUGAAUUCCGACAUCGAAGAAGCGGCGGAUAUAAAUCAAAAGUCGUUUUGGUCUUUGGUGAGAUCUCGUGCUGGUGGUGGAUCUCGUGGUUCAGCGGGAGCUGAAGUAAUGUUUGGGAACCAGACUGUCAGAGACCCUGCUGCGUUAGCGUUGCACUGGGGCGAGUAUUUCUCCGGUAUUUACUCCCACUACACUGACCGCCUCUUUGACAAUGACUUUAAGUCGUCUGUCGAAUCCGAGUUGGCAGAAUUCCUAAGCCAUGAUGCUCCAGCAACAAGCUCUUCCGAAAUAACUUUUACAGUGGAUGAAGUUAACCUUACCUGUAAAAGUCUUCCUCUUGGAAAAGCUCCUGGCAUUGACUCUAUUGUAUACGAACACCUAAACAUGGUUUUCAAAAACAAGCUAGCAGCUCUAUGA